GUUUCAUAUAGUCUCAUGUACGAGCAAUAUGGCGAAGGGUCCGUCAUAGGCGGACUUUUGUUCAGGGAGUUGGCAUUCCACAUGCUGCGUAUAAAUUGUUGUACAGUGAGAAAGUCGGAAGCAUGGAAUUGUUCCGUACCGACACGCAUUUCAUUUUUGUGAAAGAGAGGCACAGCCUAUGGUGUGACAAGUACACCGGAGAGUUUUCUGCUAAAUCGGAUUGGGAAUGGGCAUCUCCAAAAGAUUUGGAAUGUCUUGGAAUAUUUUAUGGAAUUGUAGGGAAAAUAGAACAACCAUGCGUAUUGGAACCUCGUUUAAUGUUGAUCAAAGAAGUUUCACCAGCUGGAGAGUUAUAUGGAGGUCAUAUUAUAUAUAAGGUCAAAUCAAUUGCAUUUUUGCAUCUUGGCAGUGAAAAUAAUGAUAUUGGACUUCUGCCAUGUAAGAAGCAUCAGAAUUUGCCAAAGAAAAAAAGUCAAGGUGGCCUAUUUGAUGUGCCACAGAAGGCAGCCUUUGCCAAAACAUGGGGAACUAUUAAAAGUGCUACAAACACAAUAAAAAAUACCACUCAACACGCGGCUGCACUUGCAACAUCUCAAGUAAAAUCCACAGUAAGUAAACGAAGCAUUGUUAAAGACAAGGAGAGAUUUGAGAAGAGAAUCCUGGAGGAGUUAAAUAAAAUUUUCACAGAAACCGACUCCUUUUAUUUCUGUCAAACUGGUGAUAUCACAAAUAGCUUGCAGAGACUUUGUGUCACAGACUCACAGUGGAAUGAGGAACAACAGAAUAAACCACUUUGGCAAAGAGUGGAUGAUAGAUUUUUUUGGAAUAAACACAUGUUACAGGAUAUAAUUAAUUUAAAAACAGACAAAGCAAACUCAUGGAUAUUACCAGUUAUUCAGGGAUAUGUGCAAAUAGAGAAGUGUAAAGUAGAAGUGGGCAUCGAUGAACAGCCACACCAUGAAACUUUCAAUUUAGCAAUAAUAUCGAGAAGAAGUAGAUUUCGUGCAGGAACGAGAUAUAAGCGACGUGGUGUGGACGAUGAAGGAAAAUGCGCAAACUAUGUAGAAACAGAGCAAUUAGUUUGGUACCAUGAUCACCAAGUAUCCUUUGUCCAAGUACGAGGCAGUGUACCAGUAUACUGGUCUCAACCUGGCUAUAAAUAUAAGCCUCCACCACGAAUAGAUAGAGAUGAAGCAGAAACGCAGAUUGCGUUCGAGAAACACUUUACCGAAGAACUAGGGUUGUACGGCCCAAUUUGUAUCAUGAAUCUUGUAGAACAGACUGGCAAGGAGAAGGUAAUUUGGGAAGCCUAUAGUAACCAUGUACUAAAUUAUAAUCAUCCAGAUAUAACAUAUACAACUUUCGAUUUUCAUGAAUAUUGUCGGGGGAUGCAUUUUGAAAAUGUGUCUAUCCUGGUCAGUGCAUUGGCUACGGUAUUGUCAGACAUAGGGUACUGUUGGCGCGACAAGCAAGGCACAAUAUGCAUGCAGAAAGGAGUGUUUCGGGUGAAUUGCAUAGAUUGUUUAGAUAGAACGAAUGUGGUGCAAACCGCUUUAGGUAAAGCUGUGAUGGAAAUGCAGUUUUCAAAGCUAGGACUAAUACCGCCGGACGGAACGUUACCGACAAAUAUCCGACAAACGUUUCAGUUGCUUUGGGCGAAUAAUGGCGACAUUAUCAGUAAACAAUAUGCCGGUACAAACGCCCUCAAGGGAGAUUACACAAGAACAGGGGAAAGAAAGUUUACCGGUUUAAUGAAAGAUGGCAUGAAUUCUGCGAACAGAUAUUUUCAGCAACACUUUAUGGAUGACAUGCGUCAAGCGGCGAUAGAUACCUUGCUAGGGAACCCUAUCGAUGUUAAUCAACUGAACACCGAUUGGUCGCACUAUUUAGACAUCCUUGACAAUUGCUGCCUUGAGCUAAUACCCGUGAAACCACCAAAUAUAGAGCUUCAACUUGCUACUUAUCCUGACAUUCUCUAUGCCAGUGCUAUGUAUGAUUUGGCAAGAUACUAUUUAAAUCGCUUCAAGGAUGUCUAUAGGCAAGCCACGAUCGAUAUGAUGUUAGGAAACUCGGUGAACGAAGAAGUAUUUCAAGAGCGUACAGAAGAAGAAGAUAAUGCUGCUACAGCGAUUCAUGUAAAAUUGCUGAUAGAGGAUUGCAAGAAGCUACUUAUACCCGAUCCAGAAGUUAUUUUAGGCAGUUGGGGUCUCAUAGACGCUGACCCUGUAACUGGUGACUUAACAGAGACAGAAAUGGACACUAUUCUAAUAUUAACACGGGAUAGUUAUUAUGUAGCUGAUUAUGACGAUCAAAUCGACAAAGUCACAAAUUACCAAAGAGUUCCACUCGAAGACAUUAUACUGAUCGAGUUUGGCCAGCCAGAGAGCACUGUCUCUCUUUUUAAAAAUAAGCAUUUCCACUGCAUUAGAAUAAAUUACAAAAUGGCCAACGAGUACGGUUACUUUCACAUGUUCCGCAGUACAAAUUUACGAUUUUUUAAUAACAUGGCUGUUGUUAUAAAGACAGAGGAAGAAAGUAUAGAGUCUUUAAGAUCAAUUUGCGAGGCUAUCUCUGUGGCGAUGGAGAUAGCCGGUUUACCAAAGAUUCCUAUAGCAAUGAACGUCACGUUAGAUAGACGAAAGAGUAAAAUAGUGAAUAGCAGGGGAACCACGGGUCUACUGGACAUUUCGUCAUUCCCAGAAUUGACUAGAAAUGUUUCAGAGACACAGUUACUAGCUCUUAAAAGUGCAGGAACGAAAGCUUUAAGCAACAUGACGGAGCAAUUUAGCAAACUAAAUAAGUUAAGUCAUAGCUUUAGCGCUAGGAAACCAAUUGACAUAGCAAGAAGCAUAGGUAGAAGGUCUGAGGCACCUCUGAAGCCGACAUUCACUGUUGGGAGUAGAGACAUCUCAGGCAAUGUGCAAGGGAAACGUAGCACUGGCAGUAGCAGUAGUGACGACGAGGACAUUGACGUUCCUCCUGUUCCUUUAGAAAAGCCAGAAAAUUUCAGUCACAAUAAGAAUCUAAUGGAGGCGUAUACUCCAUCUAUUGGUAUCAUAAUGGGUGUUAAAAACACGGACGUAGUGGAACCUCGUGAGAAUAAUGAAGACCAAGAUUUUUCGAUACGACCUAAUAAAUUCUCUGAACAGAGUUCCGAUAAGGAAGCCUUACGCGUGCCAGGAUCUGGUUCUGGUACCAGUACUGUUAGUGCUUCUCCUCAAAAGACACCUGAAAUAACUAUACAAAAUGUAGCUGAGGACAAAGAAAGGAUGCUGCCACCAUUAACAUUGAAUCUGUCCAAAAACAUUAGUCAUUCGACUGGAGAGGUUGAUAGUAAGCUGACACUCAGUAAUAUAAAUGGAAGCAAAUUGCAGACUGAGAAUAGAUUGCAGGAUAAGAAAAGGUCCACGUCUGAGCAAGAUUUAAGUCUAAAUAUUACAUCUUCUCAGAGUGAGUCUGCUUUGAAGUCAAUGAAGACUAACAUAAUAAACGCAGCAAGUCCUGCGGCAUCUACUUCCAAAGAUAUCUUGUCACCUUUCUCAAAAUUCGCUAAAGGUGUGCAGACUUUAGGGGCAAAUUUGGAUCCUAGGAAGCUAAAGACAGGGCAGGUAGGAUUACAGAGAAAUCUCUCAGAUCAUCACGUAGAACAGCAACGAAAAUUGCAAGAGAGAUGGGGUUCAUGUCAAUCCAAGCUAAUAGCUUUAUAACUUUUCGAACAUAAUUCGAAGUCUGAAUGUCUAGUAGCGAGUAAAUAAUUAAAACCCACAUAAUUUAGAGACACUUUUGCAUAAAGGAUUUUUAAAUAAUCAUUUUGUUAUUUUUUAGCAUCUUUUAAUUCAGAGAAUCGGUUCGAACAUCUCGGUGCGCGUGUCUGAAUAGUUUCCAUUAUUUCUUAAACCUCAAUUAUUGCCAUCCUGCUAAUAAAAGCUUUGUGCAAAAGAAACAUAAGACGAUUAAUCGAUAAGAUACUCUCUAUAUAUUCUUACGCGUGGAGAAACUCACAAAUUACUUUCCAGAGUACAAUGUGGUCAAUAUUUAAUCUGCAUCAAAUCUACUUGUGCGUAUCUACUUACAAACAAAUUUUCUAUUACUCUACAUCGAUGAAAGCCUACACGAACUGAUUGUUACCUAUUUUCAAUAUGCUUCCGGCGUAUUUAUACGAAAUUUUCAUCGCGACAGCCUUUUUAUGAAUUUUACCAAACGACUCCUAGUAUUGCAUUUAGACAUUAGAGAUUAUGAAUUUAUCAAAAAAAAAAAAAAAAAAAAAAAAAAAAAAAAAAAAAAAAAAAAAAAAAAAAAAAAAAAAAAAAAAAAAAAAAAAAAGGGAAAAGGAAAGAAAAAAAAGGAAGAAGAAGGAAAAGACACGUACGUGCUUAUACAAUGAAACUUAAUCCCAGCAUUCUUUGAAGCCUUAACGCCUGCUGCAUAAACAAAUUUUUUAAUGGUUUUAUUUAUUUAUGAUAUAUGUCGUAGACUUUCCCUUUUCUAAAUUUCUGUAGCUAUGUGUGCAAAUGACGUUUGUGUGACGACUUGUAGACAUUCGUAAACCGAAAAUCUGUUUAUGCAGUAAGUUAAAUGAAGAAGCUUUGUAGUCAAUUAUGUACAUAUAUACGAAGAAUUACUUAAAAUUAGCAGUUUAAUGAAACAACGUUGCGAUUGCUGAUUAAAAUGUAACAGCAAGAUGAAUUUGGCAAAGAUGUUUUUUCCGAAGAUAUAUAUGAUGUGCAAAAACCUAGUAAUUAUUAAUUGUUAUAAAGUCUAGACGUAGAUAUUCAACGAUAACAGUGGGUAAAUUCUUAGAAUUCCAAAUAUGAUUAAGUUCGAGAAUUAUUUUGGAAAGGAAAAAGUGCUUUGUUGGUGAUCCAUUUCUUUUCUGUAUAUAAUUUCAUAACAAUUGAAACAUACAAGUCGUUUCAGAAAAAAGGAACGAUCAUAGUAUCCAUAUACAUGCACAUUUGCAGUAUUAUGUAUAUUACAUUUAAUAAAUAAUAGGAAGGAGAGUUGCAUAUAUACGGAUAUGUAGACGAUAAAGAAAAAGCAGGUACACGUUGUUAUUUAAUACUAAUCUAUGUACGACAAUUUAUAUAUAUAUAUAUAUAUAUAUAUUUGUAACUCGUGUUAUUUGGUCUAUAUAUAUAUAUAUAGACCAUAUAUAUAUAUAUAUAUAGAUAUAGUUGGUAUAUACAGUUAUUUGGUAUAUAUAUAUAUAUAGACCAAAUAACACGAGUUACAAAUUUAGGUGGCUAUUUCCUUGUGUGUACAUACGAGUAAUUCAAUUUAGUGUAAUAAUAUCCUGUAAACAUGUAUUCAUAGUUGCACUGACACGUUAGUAGAAGUAUUAUAAGGUAAGAGUUUUUUUAGUGAAUGUUUUUUCCCAAUUGCAAACGGAUAGUCUGUGAUAUAUAAUCUAGCAGAAUGAACACAGCCUAAAAUGAUUAGAAGAAAGAAAGAAAAAAGGGAAAGAAAAGAAAAACAGAAAGAAAAGCAUGAAAAUAUAAGGAUGUGUCGAUUCUGUAGAUUCUUUAGAGAUGCUUUAAAACGAAUAUAAAAGACAAAACUGUUUUCACUCGUUCUAACAAAAUUCAACACGCGAAUCUUAUUCUGAUUUAUUAAUUCUAGGUAUAUAUACAUAGACCAGCUUAUUUUCAAUAUAAUUUUAACGAUCCAGGUGAUAAUUAUUUAUCGAUACAGUAUUAGAAAGAAAAGAAUUAUUGAAGGAAAUGGAAAAUUUAUAUAUUUUUUCGUUCCCUUUUUCGUAUUAAUACGUAUAUACCUAUGGUCCAAUUGAAAUUAGACAUUCAAAUAUUGUAAUAUAAUAUAUUAUUAUCUGUAUUUUUAUGACAGGACAAACAAUCAUGACAAAACAACGCACGAAGAUAUUUAUAUAGCCUGUAGAGGCUUAAAUUGCCUUAUGUAUAUGUACAUACAUAUAAGCGUAUACAGAAUAUUUUGUUUAACUAAAAAGGGUAGAAUGUCUCGCGAAGGAUUAAAGUUAUCAAAAAACUGUUUUAGCAAAAGUGGGUAUUCUAUGGUGCAAAUUACAUUUUUUCAAGUGGAGUAGUGCGGGAGGUUUUAAGGACAACUUCAUUUUUUUAAACGGAACCGUGUAUUUCGUAAUACAUUAAUCGAUUCAUCUCGGAAUUUCCUAUAAGAAAAGUAUUAGCUUACUUACAUUGAAAAACUAUUAAUUUAUAAGAUGUUUAUGGAAUGUUGACUUUAAUUUGUAAAAAUUAACGUAUGAGAGACAAGGAGAAACGAAAUACCUUUUUAUAAGGAAUGUCGAGAUUAAUGUAUUAUUAAAAAAUAUGUAGUUCCAUUUAAAACAGUGAAGUUGACUUUAAAAUCUUCCGCUUCAAUGUGUAAAAGAUAAUUUGCACCAUAUGCUGUCCCCCUUCGAACCAAGUAACUUUUGCUGAAACAUGUUUUUGAUAACUUUAACCCCUCGUGAGAUAUUCUACCAUUUUCGGUUAAACGAAACAGCCUGUAUGUGUGUGCGUGUAUGUGAUACAGCAAACACCAUAGCAAUUGUAGGAAAAAUGUUAUAAUAAAAUAUAAAUAACUCGAA